AAUCAGAUGACGUGGCUAAUAGGAUAGUGAAAUUGAGGGUAUUGUUUGCCCUCGGUCUUGUAGGGGAAGCCAUAGCACUGGCUAUAAAAAGGCCAGUAUUUUGUUUCAGUCUCUGCGAAGAAGAAAGCUUAAUCCUUCAUCCUCUUAUCCUCUCUUCUCUCUCUUACCUCUUCGACUUUCUGCAAUGUCUGGGCUUGUGGGCUUGCUUGUGGGUCUUGUGCUGGUGGGUUCUGUUAGCUCAGCGAAAUUCGAUGAGCUAUUUCAACCCGGCUGGGCACUUGAUCACUUUAUCUACGAUGGAGAGCUUCUCAGCCUCAAGCUUGAUAACUAUUCUGGUGCUGGGUUUCAAUCCAAAAGCAAAUACAUGUUUGGAAAAGUUACAGUUCAGAUUAAACUUGUGGAGGGUGAUUCUGCUGGAACUGUGACUGCUUUCUAUAUGUCGUCAGACGGUCCAAAUCACAAUGAAUUUGAUUUCGAGUUCCUGGGUAAUACCACAGGGGAACCCUACCUUGUCCAAACCAACGUGUAUGUUAACGGUGUAGGAAACAGAGAACAAAGGUUAAAUCUUUGGUUUGAUCCCACCAAGGACUUCCACUCCUACUCUAUCCUUUGGAAUCAGCACCAAGUUGUAUUUCUAGUGGAUGAGACCCCAAUCAGAUUACACACAAAUAUGGAAAACAAAGGGGUUCCCUUCCCCAAGGACCAGCCAAUGGGUGUAUACAGCUCAAUAUGGAAUGCAGAUGACUGGGCUACACAGGGAGGCCGUGUCAAAACUGAUUGGAGCCAUGCUCCUUUUAUAGCAUCUUACAAGGGUUUUGAAAUAAAUGGCUGUGAGUGCCCAGUUUCUGUAGCAGCAGCUGAUGUUGCUAAGAGAUGUAGCAGCAGUGGUGAGAAGAGGUACUGGUGGGAUGAACCUACUUUGGCUGAGCUUAAUUUGCACCAAAGUCAUCAGCUGUUGUGGGUUAAGGCUAACCACAUGAUCUAUGACUACUGCAACGACUCUGCUAGGUUUCCAGUCACUCCUGUAGAGUGCCUCCACCACCGCCACUAGCUAGCUUAGGCUGGUGGUGGGUGUGAUUAUGGAGGAGAUGGGUCAUGGGUUGCUCUGGUGGUGGGAUUGGUGUUGUAAAGAAAUUAAAAUAUAGGGAGCCUGUGGGGAAUCAGAAGGGGAUAUAAACAUGUACUCCAUGUUUCAUAUUUUGGUUACUUUAAGAUUGUAUAAUAUUAAUAUUAUUUGUUCUUUUUUUUUA